CAAAAUCAAGUAGGAAACUUACUUUCCUCUAUCUAGCAAACGAUGUCAUCCAGAACAGUAAGAGGAAAGGUCCUGAAUUUACCAGGGAGUUUGAGUCUGUUCUUGUGGAUGCUUUCUCUCACGUUGCCAGAGAAGCAGAUGAGGGCUGCAAAAAGCCCUUGGAACGAUUGCUGAACAUCUGGCAGGAGAGGAGUGUGUAUGGCAGUGAGUUCAUCCAGCAGCUGAAGCUUUCCAUGGAAGACUCCAACAGCCCCCAGACUAAAGAGGAGAAGAAGUCUUUGAAGCGGACUUUCCAGCAGAUACAGGAGGAGGAGGAUGAUGAUUACCCUGGGAGCUACUCGCCCCAAGACCCCAGCGCUGGGCCACUGCUGACUGAGGAUUUGAUCAAAGCCCUCCAAGACCUGGAAAAUGCAGCAUCAGGAGAUGCAACAGUGCGGCAGAAAAUUGCCUCCCUGCCUCAGGAAGUUCAAGAUGUUUCAUUACUGGAGAAAAUUACAG